AAAAAUAUAAAUUUAACAAAAACAUUAAAAACAAACGCCACCGAAAUCUAUCGGUUCUAUCAUCACGUUUACAUAGCUCCUUCUUCACAUGGGUAGAGAGGGAGUAGCAUUACAGAGUUGAAACCGUUAAAUAUUCUUCUAUUUCCUAACCCUCAUUUCUUCUUGAAUUUCAAUUUGAAUUCUCCUUCCAAAAAUGUCUCAACUCCUAUCUUCCGCUUCCACUUGUUUCCAACCUCUCACCUGUACCAACUCCUUCAUAAAUCAACCUCCCUUUCGGGGAUUCAAGGGUGUAUCAGGUUUUGUCAGGAAGCACGCUUGCUGUUUAGGCGUUCAGCCAUUCUGUGCAUCUCAAAAGAUAAGGCCUAAGAUCUCAUGUGCUAUGAAUAUGUCUGCACAUUCAUCAGAUGAUGAUAGAAAACGGCAACUUGACCGGUUAAUAGAAAAAGUACGUAAGCUUUGGGACAGUUCUCCUCAGCCAGUGAAGAAUUUCCCUUGGAACACGGCACUGGGAAACUUCAUUCAACUUGUUAUUGAUCUUACUUUGGCGGUUGUCAAAUACCUUUAUGUACCUGUGUUUACAGUUACCUCCAUCAGCGAGUUAUCCUACUGCGCACGUCAAAGUAAGCUAGUUCUUGUUCCUAUUCCGAUUCUCCUUGGAGCUGCUUUUGCCGGGAUCCUUAAAGAGACCGCAUUAGAGUUGUCUCCACGGCUAAGGGAAGCACAAGUUCCAUGGCAUUUAAUUGCAAUUGCAAUUUUCUUCACAUUGAUCAAAUUGCCAGGUCCAUAUUACCCUUAUUGGGGACGUAUACUAAUUCCUCACUUUGCGAAUGGGGUUUUGUUGAGGGCUCUAUGGUUUGCAAUAUUGUGGUAUAGAAGACCUAAAGUAUUGAAGAUGUCAGAGUCUGAUAGUUAGUUAACCCCGUGAGCUAUGGUACAAGGUUGCAAAGUCCAUUUCUGUGGAAACAAAAAUGAUCACUAAUGAAGAUCUUGGUAAAUCAAACAGUAUAUUGAGAAUUUCAUUGAAAUUAGAAUUCACUUUGUUGAGGAAAGAUGUAGACUGCUAUGCCUAGUCUUUUUUGAGUAAUAUAACAAUUGACAUGCUUACAUUGGAGCAUGUACACAAUUUUGAACCCAUAUGAACAAAUUAGGCAAUUCAGUUUAAACUGUCCUUUUAGUAAGAUCAUUGUGCUCAUAGAUUAUCGAUGUUUCUGAGAAUCAAAUUGGUUUGUUUUGUAUAAGAAGCAAUGAAGCACAUAGACAUAAAAAAGAAAAUCUAUCGGAUACGCCGAUAUGUUCCGACA